AUGUGGCUUUACAAUCCACUGUACGCUGUGCAGUGCAGGGAGGAGGCGGAUGGCACGGUGGUGUUUGAGCUGCCCAUGGCAGCAGACGACAUGCUCACGGCCUUCGAUGUGGACGACACCGGUGCUGCCGUGCUCAACGCCCUCGACCACCCCCAUGACUGGGAUGUGAGUGCGCCCUCUGCUGCCUGCAUCGCCACAUGCAACGCUGCUGCUGCCAUGGCAGGUGCUUUCGCCCUGUCCGGGCUCUACUGGAAAACCAAGUGGAUUGCUUGCGCUGUGGGUGCUGACUGCGGCGAGUACAUGUGUCUAGCGGGCUACCACGCCCCCCUGCACCAGUACGUCUCCGACUUCCACCGCGUCACGGGCCGCCCCGCCCGCCUGCACACCACUGAGAAGGCGGCCUCUGACGAGUGGACGCAGAUGUUCCGCUGGUUCUCCCAGCACACGUACUUCGGCUGUCAUGACAUCAGCAAUGCGCGGCGCUGCAACCCGCACCUCAAGACGUGGCGCCAGUGGCUGCAGGAGAGCGGCUGGAAGGGGCCCCAGGGGGUAGAGGAGGGCGAGGGGAAGGGAGAAGCCACGGGGGAAGUGAAGGGAGAAGGUGAGGUUGAGUCUGAAGCUAGGGGUGGAAGGAAGGAGGUGGGGGGAGGGGCGAAGGAGGUGGAGCAUGGGGGCGAGGCCCCUCCCAAGGCGCAUGUGGCGGGCGCAUAG